GCCUCCGCCUUUCUCCUCCUCCUCCCGCCCCCCGGGGGGCGGAGCCGGCGGUGGUGGGGCGGAGGCAGGAGGUAGAGGAGGGGGGUUGGCCCUCAGCCCGCCCGGCCCAGCCCGGCCAGGCCAUGGAGGUCUACAUUCCGUCUUUUCGUUAUGAAGAGAGCGAGCUGGAGAGAGGCUACACGGUCUUUAAGAUAGAAGUGCUAAUGAGUGGAAGGAAGCAUUUUGUAGAAAAAAGAUACAGUGAAUUUCAUGCUCUGCAUAAGAAGCUCAAGAAGUGUAUAAAAACUCCAGAAAUUCCUUCCAAACACGUUAGAAACUGGGUCCCAAAAGUCUUGGAGCAGCGACGGCAAGGUUUGGAAGCCUAUUUACAGGCUGUUAUUUUGGAAAAUGAGGAGCUUCCGAAAUUAUUUCUUGAUUUUUUAAACAUACGGCAUUUACCCUCUCUACCAAAGACAGAAAGUUGUGGCUCGUUUGAGGAAACAGAAUCUGAAGAGUCUAGCAAACUGUCCCACCAGCCAGUGCUGCUGUUCCUAAGGGAUCCAUAUGUCUUGCCUACAGCCAACGAUCAUUUUCCAAAUGUAGUUAUUGAAGGAGUUCUCCAUGGGAUAUUUUACCCUCAUCUACAGCCCAGGUAGAAAUCCUGUGUGGCUAAAGAAGCUGGAGCAAGUUUCAAAGUCUUAGUCAAGGAAAUCGAUAUCUCCCAGAUUACCUAAACUCCAUGACAUAAUAGCUAUAGUUAUUGCUAAAAUUCAUAGUCCCAGCUAUAUUCAGGGAAGUGUAUGUUUCCUUUAAAAUUGUGCUUUUUAAAAAUAGAAACUGAACCUGGGGUUUGGUCAUGCAAAGGCAAAAUUUUUAAAAGUAGCAUAUGGUAACCUGCCUAGAAGCACAUAAAAAGGAGGUGUACAGAGAAGGUUCUUAUGAACAUUGCCUCCUUAAAAGUUCUUGUACAAUAUGAAUGAAUUCUUGUCUGCAUCAGCAACACUUUAAAUUAAAUGAGGGCCAUAUACUAGACUGAAACAAACUGAGACUCACAGAAUAACUUGGCCAACUUUGUUUAGUUUGUGUUUUUCAAUACACUAAUCUUGUUACCUUGGGAUUUUCCCUACUGGUUAAAGGUGUAUAUUGAAGAGCCGGCACCAAGAAAGGUUAUCACACAAACGUUGCAACAAAUAAAUGUGCGAAAUUGGUUAAACUGGAAAUUAAGAGUAAUUAGCAUAUCUGUAUUGUCCCCCUCCCCCAACAUAGCAAAUUCAUUUUUGAUUGGUGAAAAGUAAAGGUACUUAUUCUUGCCAUCUGUACUUGGACACUUUACUUGAAAACUAAAUAGCAAUUCCAUUUUAAGAUAGUUGGUUUUAGUAAGCUCCUAGGUGGAAGUGUAUGUAGAAACAAAUUUAGAAUUCACUAAUGAACUCCACUACUGCUAAUAAUAGUCUAAUUGCAUUAACUCAAGGCCUUCUUGCAUUUUUAAGAUAAAUUAUACAAAGGGCAUUUUACUCUACGUCAUGGUAAAGAUAAGUAGUAUUGCCAAGUAAUAAAAUAGCAUCCAGUUCAAAUUACAGGGCUUUUCCAAUGUUGGAGAUACACUAAAAUAGUUUGUAUAUUACUGAAUUACUGGGCUGUAAAAUAAACUUAAGAUACAAGAAAAUAUUUGAGUUGAUCUUUUCUGCUUGAAAUAUGAAUAGUAUUUUAUAAAUUAUUUCCAUUUGUACAAAAUAAGAGUCAAGUUUCUUUAUUGUGUACUAGAAUACAGAAUAAAUGCUCAAACAAGUGAUUGAUAAUGCAGUGACAGAUUUACAAAGUCCCAAGAAGUUGUGGUAGCACAGGAGCCAAGCAAUCUUUUUUUAGAAAUUAAACUUAAAUUUGUAUUUAUAGAUUUUAUUUAUAACUAUAAUUGCAUUUAGUUUAAAUUAAUUAUAAACUCUAGAUUUAAAUUAAAAUUACAAAAAUGUCUGUAAAAUGUCCCAGACUUUAAAAGUCUCCUUCUUCUGAGUUUCAUUUGGGGAAUAUAAUAAAGUAUAUCAUGCAAAAGAAUAGAUUUUGGAAUAAUGAGAGAGAUAAUAAAAACUGAUAGGGAAAAGGAGGAGAGAAAGAAAAAAGAUGAAACAGAUCUAAUAGGAGAGGAAAGUGAUUCAACACUAGCGCUGAGAAGCUAUAUUUCAUAUACUCCUUGCUUUCAUACUGUGCCUACCACUUAGCAACAUCCUCUUUUAGCAGCAUUCUAUAGGCUUAUCUGGUUUUUGAAUUCUCACCUAUUUCUUCUUUUGUCAAGGUGAACUAUGGUACAUUCACAUAACAAAAUGACUUAGGUUACUCCUUCUUUAUCCAGUGUUCUCUACCAAGCUUCUUCCCCUCAGGUUUUUACAUCUCCUCAUACAUGAGUAUAUCUUCUGAAUAGAUAAUGCUAUUACUUCAUCUUUCAUUCCUUUAUCCAUCUUCUUUUCUUUUGAAUGAAGUAUAACCAUUCAGAGCCAUAUUAUACUCAUUGUUAGUACUUGCUACCUGUGAACUCAAAUUUACCUCAUGUUAGAACCUCUGGUUCUUUUUGCAUUGUCUAAACUACAUAUUUAUAUAGAUAUAUUUGAUAUCUCUGGUAGAUUACAAUCUGAAUCAUCUCCUAUCUCAACUCCACUACCUUCAAACAUGUCCAAGUCUCCCUCAUCCUUAAAAAUCUUUCACUAAACUCUCAAACUGUCUUCUUCAUUUCUUAGCCAGACUUGUUUAUAAAACUCUCUACUUGUUGAUAAAACUUGUCUCCACUUUCUCUCCUCUCACUCCUUCAGCACUUUACAAUUUGACUUCUAGCCUCAUCACAUGAUUGAAACUGCUUACUCUAAAGUUACCAAUAACCUCUUAAUUGCAAGAAUUUUUUUCUUAGUCCUCAUCCUUCUUAAUCGGUCUACUCUAUUUGAUACUGUCGACUACCCUUUCUUCUUGGAUACUCUCCCUUCUCUGGACUUUCAUCAUACUGCUCUGACCUGAUUCUCUUCUAACCUCUUACCUGUCUGAUCGCAGCAACUCAGCCUUUGUUGACUCAUCCAUAUCAUGCCUCCUAACAAUGAGUAUUCCUCACGUUUCUGUCCCAAGCCCUGUUACCUUCUAUUCUCUACAUUCUCAUUCUGUAACUUAAUCAGCUCCUAUUUGGUUAAUUAACAUCUUUCUUUAGAUGACUCAGAUCAAUAUAUUACUUUGCAAUGCCUCCCCUAAUAUUUAGUUCCACAUAACCAAUUAUUUCUUGAAUAUUUCAAAGUAGAUGUCCCAGAAACAUCUUAAAUCUCAUAUGUCCAAAAUAGUAUUUAUCUUUUCCCUCAAAAAUCCUUACUUCUUUAACAUUUCCAUAUGUCUUUCAAAAGCACUUUUUCAGCCUCUCAGCAUUAUCCUCUACUUCUCACUCUCCUCACCCACAAAUCUAAUCACUUGUUAAACCUUGUAGUUUAUAGUGCCACUUUUCUCCCAUCCAACUCCCCUUGACUCACACAGAUACAACCUUAAUUUAGAUUUUCAUCACCUCUUAUCUAGAUUAUUGGAGUGACUUCCUGAUUGAUCUUCAAGCUACUUCCCACUCCAUUCUGCAUACUGCUGCCUAUGUAAUUUUUCCUUAAACACAGAUAUGACUAUGUUAUUUCUUAAUGUAGUUAACUUGUAAGAUAGAAUGUAAACUUCUCUGUUUAGCUUUACAAUUUGGCCCCAGAUUCAUGGAGACAUUGUGAUACAGGUAAUUCCCCACACACCAUGCUCAAUCACCUAUCUCUGUGCUUUUGCACUGACAUCAAAUGUAUCAUUUAUAUAUGCUUCAUAGCAUCCUACUUUUCCUUCAAGACAUAUUCUACAUGAAAUUUUUCUGGUUCUCCCUCAAUGGCCAGUGUUCUCCAUUCCAAAAUAGCUUAUAUUUCUUCAUAUAUACUCAUCUAUAUACUUGACUCUUCAAUUGGGAUGAAAGCUCCUUGCUAGUAGAUGUUUUUUCUUUGUAUUUGUAUCCCUGUCACCUUGCUCGGUACCUAGUAAGCAGUAAGUGCUUGAUUAAUGUUUGUUUAUUAAUUGGUUUACUACAGGCUCCUUUCUUGGAUUUUGUUUCUCAUGAAUUUCUGGAUGUCUCAAUCAUUUUUUUCUUCCUAUUAUAGCUAAUCAUUAUCAUAUCUUGCUUGUUUUCUCCUUCCCUCUUCUUUUUUUUACUUUAAAACCUUUUUGAGUAUAUUUGUAAGAUACCAAGCUAACAAAUACUUAACUAGCCUUUCUUAACUUUUCUUUCCCUGACCAGGAGUCUGUCAUUGUAAUAGUUUAAGCUAUGAUCCAGAAAUCCAAAUUAUUUUCUUAGCCAGCUAUUCAUUACUAGAUCAAUUUUCCUCUUACACAUUUCCUGCCUUCAGUUAAUCAUCAGGAGGAAAACUCAACAUCAGUUUUCAUUUUCUUGCAGGAGCCUUCAUAAUUUUUGGUCACACUUUACAAUUUCCUUUUGGUCACUUCAUUUCUGCCUUUAAAAGUCACCAGAAAUUGGUAGAAGUCAUUUGCCUUAAUGAAUCUUGGGAGGUUCUCACAUCUUUUAUACAUGCCAAUUAUAUACAUAUAAUUGGAGGAAUAAUCAUUAUCAUGUUUGAGUUGCAUCAAUAUAAUAAAAAUUGAUACCACCUAAAUUACAGAUUUAGAACUAUGUCAUAGUUCCAAAGAUAUAAUUUGUUGAGCUUGACAAAAUAAUAAGGAAAUUCUCUUAGAAGAACAUAAAGUCCAGAACUUUAAAGGAAACAACAGAGGAAGAAAAGUUGCAUGGAGGAAUAGCACUUGUAAAUAUUUAUCAAAUUAUAAAGCAAUUACCAUCAAAACUUUUUGGUCCUGGUUAUAAAUAGAAAACUGGACCAGAAAUAAACUAUACAAGCAAAAAUCUGAAGUAAUUGAACCCAAAAAACUCAGAGUUUAAUAAACAUAGGAUAUAAGCUAUUUGGGCAAGGAAUAUAUUGAUAAUAAGUUCUUGACAAAUUGGAAAGCAGUUUGAAAAAAAAAUGGGUUUAGACCUACCAUAUGAAGCAAUAAGUUCAAAAUGAAUUUACAUAUAGAAGUUUUCAUCAUAAAAACAAUUAAAAAUAAAUUAUGAAAGUAUUUUUUACAACUGGUUAGAAGGCAGAUAGUUAACUAAACAAAGAAUAGAAAUUAGAAGAAAUUGAAAUCAACCAAUAAAAGGAUAGAUGUAGAGUAAAUACAUACACACAUAUGUAUGUUUAUGCUAAAAAUAAACAAAAGUACAUAAUUGCGGGGACCAGAAAGACUAGUAGCUCAGUUUGAUUGGUUGUUUUGUUAAUUGUCUAGACUUAGGAAAGUGAUAAAGAAAAUAUUAUGUAAAUUAAAAUUAAUAUCUAGAGAGCUGAUACCUUAUCAUACCAAUGGAAACAUGACACUGCACCACUGGUUUGGCUAUGAAAGACAGGCAGGUUGUAUGGCACUAGAUUAAGAGUAUGAUAGGAUGUAGUAGCACUGUUUGUGCGUUUUCUUUUUUUAUGCUGGGUCUAUAUUCCAACAUAAUGCCCCAAAUUUACCAAAAUAUCCAUAGCUACAUUUUUUUUUAAGUGUAAGAAAGAACAGAAAACAAUAUAAAAGUCCAUCACUUGAAGGCAAGGUUAAAAAAAAUAGUUUUAUGUGACUAAAAUAGAACCUAACUACAUCAUAAAAAAUGACAAAUAUUAAGAAGUCGGAGUAGUAUGGGAAGACAUGGUGAUGCAAAGUAAAAUUAGCAGAACCUGGAAAAUUAUAUGCAAUAUCUAUGACAGUAUCAAGAAAAGGGGCAAUAAAACAAAACUGAACAAUAUAUAAUUGUAAUAACCAAGAUUAGACCUGGAGAAGGGUUAAGAAAAUAUGCCUUCCUCCUUUUAGUGUAAACACAGGAAUCAAAGUUUGAAUCUAUGCAAUAGAAUACACUAUUUAACAUAAUCAAUGUUGGUUUUGCUGAACUCAUUUUUUCCCUGUUGGUUUUUGUUUUUGUUUUUGUUUUUGGUGGGAGAGAGGUAAGGAUAUAUUAGGAAAUGAAUAUAACAUAAAAACCAGAGGCAUUAAAAAAAAAAAAAAGAUUUCCUUCUUCAUUAUCUUGUUUUGUGGACUUUAGGAAUAACUAUUUGUUAGAGGGAAUGGCUAACUGGGUGUAAGGAAGUUAAUGGGAAAAAUUAUGGUGCUCUUAAAAAUUAAAAAAACAAUAAAGAUUAGAGGACAUUUUUUAAAAAAGAGAAGGAAGAAGAAAAUGGAAUUUGCAAUGAUUCUCUUUUACCUGUUCAAAUUUAUUCAAUCUGGUAUGAAAAACACUGCCAUUAACCUUCAAAACUCAUUUAGAGACUCGCCUCCAAAAACCAAUUCUUCUUUAACUCCCAUCUUUAUUUUAUCAUUGCUUUACUUACACAGUGGCUUUUAGAAUUUCAUUUCUAUUUUUAUUUUAUAUAGGCACAAUAAUUGUUAUCUCAAAUGAGUUAUAAGUAAUUUGAUAACAAGAAUUGUGUUUUGUUUUUAAUGUCUUCUAUACCUAGUAAUUUGUAUAGUUGCUUCAAUAAAUGUUUGUUGAUAAAGUGCCAGUGUUUAACAACUUUUACAAGUAUCAGAUUUUCCCUGAGUUAAAUAGGAAUAUAUCUUAAUAGUAAACUUGAAGAUCUUAUUCUGGGGUCCAUACGAAAGAAGUUACAGCAUUUAUGAUAUUGAAUCAAUUUUUGGUUCUUUCGGCUCUAGGUAGCAUUAAUCUAAAUUUCCUUUUGAUUAUAAAUAGCACUGUAAUGAAGCAUUGUAGAUUGUGUCUUUGAGAAAGGACAUAAAAAGGACAAAUUAGAAGGGUAGAAAUAAAAGCAUCCCACUUUCCAAAACCAGUUUAGGUAGAGUU